AGCACAGGAUUAGAUGUUCUUAUUUACAGCACUUAAAAAUUACUGAAUAUGAAAUAUAAAUAUGAUACAUGCCCUAAAACUUUCAAAUCUGCUUGAGGUUUAUGAACUAAACAACCAAUAUAUUUGGUGAGCUUCGUAUUUAUUAGUGAUUAUUUUAUUAAAUGUUAUUAUUAUCUUAUUUUAUACAAUUGUGGUAUGUAUACAUGAAUCGUGAAUCAAUACAUUUUAUGUUUUAAGAAGAAAAUAUUUAUUUAUUCAUUAUUAAUUUAUUCAUUUAUUGAAAGUUUUAAAUUAGGGUUUCGGCAGUACUGCUUCCGGCCACCAGGUGGCGGGUGCACAUCCAAACUUCCACACAGCAACUUAAAGAAACAACCAGAACAAGAACACUGAACCAUUAGCUAAAGUAGCUACCGUACAUCUAGGAGCAUUUUGCAGACUGAACUGGAAACGCGUCAAGAAUAAUUCAUGAGAGACAAUUCCCACCUCUGAAGACAACACUGCUUACUUUGAGGUGUCAUACCCUGAGAGCUAAAUUUUCUCCAGUACAGUAAUACUGUAUCACCACUGGCUGCCCUCUGACUCGGGAAAAUAAUGUGCUGCAGCUGAAGAUGGGGGGUAGUGGCUCCAAAUCCAAAGGAUUUUGGCCCUUUUCUGGCUCAGGUUCUGUAGACGAUCCAGCCAAAGAUGGAAACGAGCAUUCGCUGAAGAGAGUUAAGAGUUUCCCGGGUGCAACGCCUUUUGUGUUUACCAGAAAAGGCUCCAUGUACUUUGAUGAAGAUGGCGACUUGGCACACGAGUUCUAUGAGGAGACGAUUGUGACAAAAAAUGGCCGUAAAAAAGCCAAGCUGAAAAAGAUACAGAAACACUUAACACCUCAGGGAAUUAUAAAGCUGGACCACCCAUGCAUUCAUGUAGAUUUCCCAGUAAUCCUAUGGGAGUCCUGACUAACUGUGAGGUUCUCAGAGAAGCCACUGUGUCACCUCCAUCCAGAGGUCCCACCCUCCGCAGAUGGAAGCCAGAGUCAACAUAAAAAAAAUAAACAAAAUGUGAUGUUUUGAUUUAUCUGAUGUCCCUGUUUGGAAUGGCUGUGCUCUGUUUAUGGCUUGUGUGCAGCGAGAUGCUAGAUCGGCCACCAGAAGAGAUGAAGACAGGCAACAAAGUCCAAUCCAAACAAGUCCUGGUUUUUGUGCAUGUCAGCGUGAAUGUGUGCAAACAGAAUGAAUAAUGAAAAAUUACUUUUUUCCUUUUUUUUUAUUUCAACAGGUUAUUGUCUGGUAUUUUCUAUUGAACUCAGUGAGUUUAAAAAUGAAAAGUUACCCAGUGUGUUCUAGUUAAGGUUGUACCUAAAUUGGGAUUUGUCUGCGCACACCUUAGUUAUUUGACACUAUUUGGAUUGGCUUUGUGUAUGCAUAAGGCAGAAGCCUAGGGAAGUGGACAAUCAGUAGUCUACAAAAUGUCAAGUGGAUUAAAAUCUUAUGGCAUUGUCUGAAGAACUUGCUUCAGUGACUUCAGGGUCACCUGUGCACAACAAGAGUGAGGUAACCUGUUUUCUUUGCUGCUUUGGCAAAAUGUGUUCCACACUUAAUUUAUUAAAAGUUUUUUUUAAUGAGAAA